AUGCCUCUACUCCGGAGACUAUCGUCGAAGUUCAAGAGCAAUAAGACUGCGAAGCCCGACAGAAAUGACGUGAAUCGAGUUUUGACGGUUGUGACUGAGAAGGCGGCUCCUUUGGUGAUCGGGGACCAAACCAGCAAUUCUCAAACUGUUGGUAGUUCCAUUGGACAAAGUCUUGAGAAGACGAGAGGUGUUCUGCCCUCGCCUUCCUCCAGACCAUUGACCACUGUCCCACCACCCAGGCCGUCCAAUGGAGAAGUAAACUCUCCAGCAACACAGAAAGAUGUAGAAAAUCUCUUCGAAGAGUUUGCAAACUUGAUCCACGCUUCCCGACGUCCACUCCCGACUCAGUCAGGCAGUGGACAGUACCUUGAGAAGGAGGAACCCUCGGGAAUUUUGACCGAUCUGUCUCACCUACGACUUAAUGAUCUCAAAACUGCGACCCAUCUUGUCGAGGAUUUCUUGAGUGGGGAGCCGGUCGAUGACCGACAGAUGCAUAUGGAGGAGGUAAUGCAAUUGGUGGCUGCCCUUCCUGAUCGCUCGUCCACUCGAGUCAACCUUACCAGCAAGUUACUGGACGUCUUAUGGAAUUCGUUGCAACAUCCCCCCAUGUCAUAUAUGGGAGACAAGUACCGGUAUCGCUCUGCGGAUGGAUCCAAUAACUCUUUCAUCUUUCCUCAGCUCGGGGCUGCAAACACACCAUAUGCGAGAUCAGUGAAUCCAGAAGUUGUCCAGCCCGGAGCAUUGCCUGACCCCGGACUGCUGUUCGAUUCCCUCUUGGCUCGAGAGGAGUUCAAGCCCAAUCCGAACAAGGUAUCGAGUAUAUUCUUCAACUGGGCAUCGCUGAUCAUACACGAUCUCUUCCAGACCGAUCAUCGCGAUUAUAGUAUUAGCAAAACUUCGAGCUAUCUGGACCUCUCAAUACUAUACGGUGAUACUCAACCGGACCAAGACAUGAUGAGGACUUUUGAGCAGGGCAGAAUUAAGCCCGAUUGUUUCGCCGAAGAACGGCUACUAGCUUUCCCGCCGGCGUGCGGUGUCAUGUUGAUCAUGCUAAAUCGUUUCCACAACUACGUGGUGGAACAAUUGUCACUCAUCAAUGAGAGCGGCAGAUUCGACAAGCCGUCUCCUCGCCUGUCUGGCGAUGCAGCAAGGCUUGCGUGGAAGAAGUACGACAAUGACCUGUUCCAAACAGGAAGGCUCAUCACCUGUGGCUUGUACAUCAACAUAACCUUGCACGACUACCUCCGGACAAUCGUGAAUCUGAACCGUACAAACAGUACUUGGACUUUAGACCCACGUUUGGACAGAGCCAAGACAUUCGGUGACGAUGGAACGCCUCGGGGUGUCGGCAACCAGGUUAGCGCAGAGUUCAGCUUAUCCUACCGUUGGCACUCGUGCGUUGGGGAGUUGGAUGAGGCCUGGACGGAAGCAGUCUACAAGGAACUGUUCGGAAAGCCACCCGAUGAAGUAUCGCUCCAAGAGCUGAUGGUCGGAUUGGGGAAGUAUGACCACGAGCUACCCGAAGAUCCUCAACAAAGACCAUUUGCUCACCUGAAGAGAAAUGCAAGUGGGAAGUUUGAGGAUGCAGAUCUCGCCCAGAUCAUGCGGACAGGAGUCGAGCAAGUUUCAGGAGCAUUUGGAGCUCGUAACAUCCCGAAGUCAAUGCGAGCCAUCACCAUCUUGGGCAUCAAUCAGUCCCGCUACUGGAAUCUGUGCACGCUGAAUGAGUAUAGAAAGUUUUUCGGCCUCAAGACGUACGACACCUUCGAAGAAGUCAACCCAGAUCCUUACGUAGCAGAGCAGUUGAAACAUCUUUACGAGCAUCCCGAUUACAUCGAGCUGUACCCGGGCCUGGCCAUUGAGGAAUACAAAGAACCAAUGGUUCCUGGAGUAGGUAUUUGCCCUACUCACACGAUCUCCCGUGUUGUACUGUCCGACGCUGUUUCCCUCGUUCGAGGCGACAGAUUCUACACGCUCGAUUACGGUCCCAAAGGCCUGACCAGCUGGGGGUACAAUGAGGUUGCCAUCGAUAUGAGUGUGAACCAGGGAUGUGUUUUCUACAAGCUCAUGCUUCGGGCCUUGCCGGACUAUUUCAAACCAAGCAGUAUCUACGCUCAUUACCCCAUGACUAUACCAAGCGAAAAUGCAAAGAUCAUGCAGCACCUGGGUCGCUACCACGACUAUGAUUGGAGUCCACCGGCAUAUAUCCCAACAAGAGUGAAUCUGACCUCUUACAAAAGUGCCAAAUACCUUCUCGAGCGCCCCAAGGACUUCACAGUCAUGUGGAACGACGGACUCGGCUUCGUUAUGGGCGAAGGCGGCGAGAAAUUCUGCCUCGGGGGCGAUACUGUCUUCCAUCGCAAGCAGCGCGAGACCAUGCAUCAACUCAUCUACCGUGACAAAUGGCACGAGCAUGUCAAGCACUUCUACGAAUACAUCACGCUUCGGUUGCUACAUGAGAAGAGCUGCAAGAUUGCUGGCAUCAACCAAGUCGACCUAACACGAGAUGUUGGCAACCUUGCUCACGUCCACUUUGCCGCAAACAUAUUCGCGCUUCCGCUCAAAACAGCCGAGAAUCCCAAAGGCAUCUUCUCCGAACAGGAGCUCUGGAUGGCCAUGAGUGUGAUCUUCACAGCCAUCUUCUUCGACUUUGAGCCGACGAAAUCCUUCCCACUGCGGAUGGUGGCGAAGAAACUGUCCACUAUGCUUGGUACAUUGAUCGAAGCCAAUGUGAAGACUGUGACGGCCACAUCGUUUGUGGCCAAGCUGGUCGACGGCUGGCGAGAGAAUGAUAACGCUCUGGCCGACUACGGCAUCCACAUGAUCCGCCGACUGAGCGAGACAACCGGGAUGACCACUUCGGAUAUCGCGUUCAGCCAUAUCCUGCCAACGGCGUGCGCCAUGGUGCCCAAUCAGUCGCAGGUCUUCACACAGAUCAUGGACUAUUACUUGGGUGAAGAGGGCGGCAAGCAUCUACCGGAGAUCCAACGCUUGGCAAGAACCAAUACAGAAGAGUCUGACCAGCUGCUGCUUCGCUAUGUCAACGAAGGCAUCCGCUUGAUUGGGACGUUUGGCAGUUAUCGCCGGAGCGAGGUGAAUCAUGUCUUCAAUGACGAAUACACAAAACGUAGACGCCCUGUCACGGUCAAGCCGGGUGACAAAGUUUUCUGCAGUUUCGUCGGUGCUGCGCGAGACCCCAAUAUCUUUCCGGACCCGGACCAAGUGCGACUUGAUAGACCGCUCGACUCGUACAUCCACUACGGAGUCGGAGAACACACCUGUCUAGGCAAGGAGGCUAGUAUGGUGGCCUUGACUGCCAUGUUGAGGACGGUGGGGAAACUCCAGAAUCUCAGAAGAGCCCCUGGGCCACAGGGACAAUUGAAAAAGGUCCCUCGUCCAGGAGGAUUCUACGUCUACAUGCGCGAAGACCAAGGCUCGUACUUCGUCUUCCCGUGCACGUUUAAGGUGCAUUAUGAUGGCGAGCUUCCACCCUUGCCGCCGGUCAAAGCGGAGCAUUCAUAUUGGAAUGAUUACCAUAGGAGUUGA